ACUCCUGUGACACCUUUCUGUUCACUCCACCUCUGUCCACACCGGGCGGUGACGCAGAGGCGGCAGCUAGUUUCAGGUGUCUAAAGGUUUCACCAGAAUCAACGGAAGUCCCUACAGGUAUUCAAAUAGCUGCCAGAGAUGGAAAGUGGUCCAUUCAAUCGACGGUGCUGGGCAGCACAGUCCUUGCGUGUCACUGCGAAGGAGCUGUCACUCAGCGGCCGAGGGAGAAACAAUGCCAUUGCUGAACGCUUCUCCAAGUACCAGAGAGCUGCUGAGGAGUCAAGUGCUGAGAAGAAAAAGGGAUCUUUUGAGAGGGCAUCACCCUCCAUGCGGUCAGUCAACCUCGGUGCUCUAAAGAAGCGCUGGGAGCCGGCACAGGGCAAGCCUUCUUCCAUCCCUCAUCCUCCGAGCCCGUCCAGCUAUCACAGCAGGCCUCCUGCUCUGGCCAAGUCCGCUUCUAUCACUGAGGACUGUCCUCCAGUGAAGAGCCCCGGCCUGCCGACCGCUCGGGGAGGUCAACUCACAGCCAGUCCUGUCGAGCAGCCCGCAGUUACUCCAGAAGCAUCCAAAGCUGAAGAGCAGAGAGGCAUGGACAGGUGUGAGCUGACACACCGUGAAAGACCGGAAAAGCUUGAAGAGCAAGUUCCAACCAGCCCCUGUGCCUCUUAUGAAAAACCCAGAGUGCCACUGAACAACCUGAAGAUGAAGUUUGAGAGGGGAGAGGACACCAUGGGCAAGGGAGGCAGGACGACAUUACGCAGUAGUUCAUCGGAGGACAUGGACCAACAUGGCGGUCUGUCUGUGUCUGACCGAGUGUUGGAGUCCACAUCCAUGAAGGAGAAGAUGGCCAAGUACCAGGCUGCUGUUUCUAAACAAGUCACCGCUCGCUCCGGUCUAGCCCCAGAUGUGCCUGCUCCAAAAACAUCUGCACCAGUAAAUCAGAAACACAUUCCUGCACCUGAGUGCAAUGGGGAGAGCAGCGAGCAACCCAAAGCAUUUAAGAAGUUCAGCCCACCGGUGAGGGAGACGUGCAUCGCUUGUCUAAAGACGGUGUACCCGCUGGAGAGACUGGUGGCUCUUCAGCACGUCUACCACAAAAGUUGCUUCCGCUGUGUUCACUGCAGCACAACGCUCAGCAUACUGAACUACGCCUCCCUGCACGGUAAUGUCUACUGCAAGCCCCAUUUCAACCAGCUGUUUAAAGCUAAAGGCAACUAUGACGAGGGCUUUGGCCAUCGGCCUCACAAGGAGCUUUGGGAGCCUCGAGCUGACGGAGACGAAGGUGAGGAAGCGCUGACGCCAAAGGAACACGAGGGACCAGCAGCGGUGACGCGUCCAGCUGAGAGUACCUCCGACAAACAGGUGACCCCGACUGUGGAAACAAGCCCACAGGUUAAGGUUACAGACCUGACUGCCUUACUGGAGACACGUGUGCAGACCCAUGCCAGGUCUGGUGAGAAGCUCGAGUCUACAGAGAAGCCAGCGGAGCAACGCAGGCUGAGGGUCGCCUGGCCUCCCUCGGCUGGUGAGGGCCACUCUGAGACAGAAGCACUUAGUCCAGUCACGGAGGGAGUUUCUUCAGGCCGACCGUGGAGAGCCAAGUGGCCCCCAGGAGACGAGCUGCCAUCAUCCUUCCAGAGCACAGAUCGGGCUGAACUGAAGAGCCUAAGGCGGAGCUCUUCUCUAAAGGAGCGCAGUCGGCCUUUUACGCUCGCAGCUAAACCCAGCCCGGCAAUUACUCCGGCACCAAGGGAACCUCGGCGCCCUCUCAAAUCCCUGCUGGAAUGGAGAGCAUCAUUCGAGGAAAAACGCUCAUCUGAAGAACCAGCCAAGGAAAACAAUCCAGAGCUUCAGCAGGUGAAGCAGCAGGAAAAGAAAGAGAAGACGGCGCCUCAAAUACCGAGCGAAGAUGCAGCCAAUGCAAGCGAGACAAUCUCAGAGGAGGACGUGGAGACUGAGCAACAGGAAGAAAGACACAAACAAGUACAGAAAGGAAAGGCAGGAGCAGACAAGAUGGCGGUGGAAGAAGGCUCUCUUAGAAGCAUCUCCCCGGAUAUCUCACCGUCCCCCUCUCCACCUUUACAGCCAAAACAGAACCGCGCCUCCCAGGAUGUGGGCUUCUGGGAGGAGGACAAAGAAGGAAGUGAUGCAGAGGAGCUGAGUGCAGAGGAUAUAAUCAAGAGGAACCGCUACUAUGACGAGGAAGAGGAGGAGGAGGAGGAGGAGGAGGAGGAGGAGGAGGAGGAGGAGGAGGAGGAACCUCUUAUAGUCUGACCGUCAUGUCCAUCCAACACUUUGCCAGUUUUGUUUUCUCAGUCUAUAGGUAGAUCAUAAAUGUAGCUUUACCAGAUUUUAAAGAAGAUGCUAAACAUGUGUAAUAGGUGUGUGUAUGUAUGUGCAUUUAUAUUACAAUAACUGCCCUUAAUGGUUACAUGUUUGAUUUCUUUUAAUUGUAUACUGUAAAUAUCUAAUACCGCUUUAAAUGACUCCUGAUUGGAAGUUGGAGCUUUUAUUAAAUUCAUUUAUCUUCUAAUAAUUAUAUGCACCAUCAGUGACCUAAUUAUUCGCGGAAUAUACAAAACAGACAAGUCCGUAAACCUUAAUAACCACCAUUACCACAAUAACAGGAGAAAUAUAAGAUAAUCAAGGUUUCCACUGAUGGCUAUCCUUUCAGUCUAAUAGAAUAGAAGUUAUAUCAUCUCCUUGGGCCUUCUGGAUUUGUGUUUAACAUUUUCAAAUGUGUUCCACUUUAGAUAGUAUGUCAAACACUUUGUAUUUUAAAGAAUCAUUUUUAAAUAUUUUUUUUUUAAUAAUUUGUAUAAUGACACAUUGGGCGUUGCAGUCUCAGCUGUUGUUGAAACAAUUAAAAUGUAUCAAUGAGGAUACCAGA